GGAUGUGAGAAAGGGAGGGUUGUUGGAGACAGUCUAAACCCUUCUCCAUCCGACGGCGGACACCAGCUUCCCUCCGCCCGCCCACAUCCCUGCUGUGUGCUGCGCCUCCCCGCCUGAUCUUGUCGCGCCCGAGAGACCGCGCGCCAGGGAACGUCGGCCGCCGGAGCCUGGCCUGCAUUCCGGGGGCAGCGAGAGGAUGUUGCGUUGCGCAUACACGCAGCGGCGGUGGGCGCACCGCCGGGGGGGCUUCGUAACCGGCAGCACCGGUUGGUCCAAGCCGCCACCGCCGGGCCUCGGCCGCGCCGCGGGGGUUGGUACGAAGAAGUCGGAGUGGUGGACGGUGGACGGGGAGAUGCACGAGAUCGGGGAAAGCGUGCCGCAUCGCGAGCGCUUCGCCAUCCCGCGGGACAACCUCCCUAACCGCCGCCGCAAGCAGAUGCGGGAGCAAUUCAUGCGCCGCACCCGCCUCGUUCUCAAAGACUCGGAACACGAAACAUGGUGCAAAAAUUACAUGGAAUUAUACCAAGAACUUAGAGAAAACUGGGAAAGGUUGUACUGGGACGAAGGUUAUUCAAAAAAGAUUGCCGAAUCUCAUGCUAAUUAUGACUCUGCCGAAGAAGAUGAUAUUGACUUCUCGCCAUACAGGAGAAGGCAGUCCAAUGUAGAACCAAACAAGGACCUUGGCUUCGGGGUGAACAAACGAGGUGAAACGUGGGAAAGGGUUACUCAAAUUCGUGACAAAUUUGAAUAUGACAGAGAAAGGAGAAUGAGAGAACGAGCAUUUGCUCCCAUGAACACUGAGAACAAUUAUGCUCGGCGUGACCCAAGAUUUAGAAGCCAGGAUGAUUCAAGUUUUGCUCAUACGAACAUGAGUGAUGAUUUUGGCUUGCAUGUUCAAACUUUUGGAAACCGUUCUGAUCAAAGUUAUGAAAAUGAGUCAAAUUUCAGGAAUAAGCGUGAUUCAAGUUUCCAACAUGAACCAAGUGACAGAAACCAGCGUAAUUUAAAUAUCCAAAACGAACCAAGUUUCAGAAACCACCGAUAUCCAGAUUUCCAAAACCAAGGUGGCACAAGAAGUCAGACAUUUGAUGAGUAGAGGGUGAAAAAAAAGUGGCUACUGAUUUGCUGGCAACGUGAGCAUGCUGGUUUUGCUGAUUUCUGUGGUGGCUCGUAUGAGAUGUUGUAAUUUAUUCUAAAAUGAUUGGUGUAAGAAAUUAUCUCUUGUGGUAGCUGGUUGCAACAAAAUAGAAAGGAAGAGAUCUGCUGUUAUAAUCUUGUAAUAUACGUUGGCUACUUACUAAGCCAAAAACCGUAGGCAUUGGAUUUUGGGCUUGCACGUUGCUGAGCAAGUUAAAAGUUGGAAUAAUGAGGCUAAUUUCCAAA